UUCGAAAGUGAGUCCCUCUCAGGAGCGACUCCAAUAUCAUCGGAUGGAUACUGCUGCCCCCUGUCGCACUUGAAAGUAGUCCCGGCCGGUUGGUUGAAUAACUGUGAAGCGCGCCUAAGCAAUCGGUGCAUUGGUCCCUGCAAGUUCCCAGUAGGUAUCCAGUCAUGGCUAAAGAAACCGGCGCCGCCAUCAUGAAGACCCAGCAGCUCCUGGCUGCCAUGGCCGACACCCACCUGGAACACAUGUGCCUCCUGGACAUCGACUCAGAGCCGGCUGUGUCCCGCAACACUGGCAUCAUCUGCACCAUCGGGCCGGCCUCCCGGUCCGUGGAGAUGGCCAAGAAGAUGAUCAAGGCUGGGAUGAACAUCGCCAGAAUGAACUUCUCUCAUGGAACCCAUGAGUACCACGCCGAAACCAUCAAGAACGUCCGUGACGCAGCAGAGAGCUUUGUCCCCGGCUCAAACGAGUACCGGCCCGUGGCCAUCGCUCUGGACACCAAGGGACCUGAGAUCAGGACUGGACUCAUCAAGGGGAGCGGCACUGCCGAGGUGGAGCUGAAGAAGGGGGAGACCAUUAAGCUGACGUUGGACGAUAAGUACAUGGACAACUGUGACGAGACACACCUGUGGCUCGACUACAAGAACAUCACCAAGGUGGUGGAGCUGGGCAGCCACAUCUACAUCGACGACGGUCUGAUGUCCCUCAAGGUCAAGGAGAUCGGCAGCAACUUCCUGCUGUGCGAGAUCGAGAACGGCGGCCUGCUGGGCAGCAAGAAGGGCGUGAACCUGCCGGGUGCGGCGGUGGACCUGCCCGCCGUGUCCGAGAAGGACGUCCAGGACCUGCAGUUUGGUGUGGAGCAGGGCGUGGACAUGGUGUUCGCCUCCUUCAUCCGCAAGGCCGACGACGUGCACGCCGUGCGCAAGGUGCUGGGCGAGAAGGGCAAGAACAUCAAGAUCAUCAGCAAGCUGGAGAACCACGAGGGCGUGCGCAGGUUCGACGAGAUCCUGGAGGCCAGUGACGGCAUCAUGGUUGCCCGCGGCGACCUGGGCAUUGAGAUCCCCACCGAGAAGGUGUUCAUCGCGCAGAAGAUGAUGACCGGCCGGUGUAACAGGAUCGGAAAGCCCAUCACGUGUGCAACACAGAUGCUGGAGAGCAUGAUCAAGAAGCCCCGCCCCACCCGCGCCGAGGCCAGCGACGUGGCCAAUGCCGUGCUGGACGGCAACGACACCAUCAUGCUGAGCGGGGAGACCGCCAAGGGGGACUACCCCCUGGAGGCCGUGAUGAUGCAGCACAAGGUACACUAGGGCGCACACACACAC